GUCACUUAUAUCACAAGGCUACAGGUGCCUUUAUUUCCACUGUACGCUGGUGCUGGGAGCUCCUGCCUUCUCUUGCCUUGAAAGCCUUCCCUUUGGAGCUAGCCACCGCUGUCCUCACGGUGAUGUUGGACUCAGUGACACAUAGCACCUUCCUGCCCAACACGUCCUUCUGCGACCCCCUGAUGUCGUGGACUGAUCUCUUUAGCAAUGAAGAGUAUUACCCUGCCUUUGAGCAUCAGACAGCCUGCGACUCCUACUGGACUUCAGUCCCCCCGGAAUACUGGACUAAGCGCCACGUGUGGGAGUGGCUCCAGUUCUGCUGCGAUCAGUACAAGCUGGAUACCAGCUCCAUCUCCUUCUGCCACUUCAACAUCAGCGGCCUGCAGCUGUGCAGCAUGACACAGGAGGAGUUUGUGGAGGCGGCCGGCGUCUGCGGGGAGUACCUGUACUUCAUCCUGCAGAACGUCCGCACACAAGGUUACUCCUUUUUUAACGAUGCUGAAGAGACCAAGGCCACCAUCAAAGACUAUGCUGACUCCAACUGCUUGAAAACAAGUGGCAUCAAAAGUCAAGAAUGUCACAGUCACAGUAGAACAAGUGCGGUGGCUCACACCUGUAAUCCUAGCACUCUGAGAGGCCGAGACAGGUGGAUUGUUGGAGGUCAGAAGUUUGUGACCAACCUGAGCCAGAGUGAGACCCCAUCUCUAAAAAAAAUAGCUGGAGGCCAGGCCCAGUGGCUCACACCUGUAAUCCCAGCACUCUGGGAGACCGAGGCCUCCAAAGUUCUCAUCUAUGGGAAUUUGUACGAGACCUGCUUCUGUCUCCUGAGGAAAACUGUGGCAUUCUGGAAUGGGAAGAUAGGGAACAAGGUAUUUUUCGGGUGGUUAAAUCAGAAGCCCUGGCAAAGAUGUGGGGACAAAGGAAGAAAAACGACAGAAUGACAUAUGAAAAGUUGAGCAGAGCCCUGAGAUACUACUACAAAACGGGAAUUUUGGAACGGGUUGACCGAAGGUUAGUGUACAAAUUUGGAAAAAAUGCACAUGGGUGGCAGGAAGACAAGCUAUGAUCUACUCCAGGCAUCAAGCUCAUUUUAUGGAUUUCUGUCUUUUAAAACAAUCAGAUUGCAAUAGACGUUUGAAAGUCGUCUUUAAAAAAAGUGUGCAAACAUGCUGAUAACAUUUGUCCACAUCUCAGCUUACAUUUGGAUUCAAAGUUGUUACUUACUUGGGGUGAUGGCAGUGACCCUUAAAAAAUCCUUUUCCCCCCCCCAAGGGGAGGAGGGGAUGACGUUUUAUGGUACCUUGAUCAAACAUUAUUUCCCUAAUCAAGAGUUGCAGAAACACAAUAGUCAAUGCCAUUGGUGCUGAUCAGAGAAAACCGAUUCAAUUUUGCCAUUAGAGCCACAUCGAAUACUUCUAUCCAAAGGUUCAAAAGUUUUCAAAUGGUGAACUGUGGCAGCUCACAAAAGGGGAAAAAUGUGAUUAGUUUUGUAGUUUAUAGAAGAGAGUGAGAUAGAAGACAUAUAUUCUUUAGAUUUUAAAUCAUUACAGUCAAAUUUCACAGAAAAGUUUCUUCAUUAAUAAAAGAGCUAAGCCAUCAAGCUGGGAUAUAAUUGAGUUUAUGAUGUUACUAAUAAGUUUCUUAACCAGAGUAUCUUUUUGACCAUUUAGCAGAACUCUCAGGGCCAUCCUUCCAGAACUAAACACUUAAAAGUCAGCUACACUAUUAGUUGUUGCUGGGUUUAUUUCCCCUCCUCUCCUAAGUGAUGGUUGGCAUCACAUAUGCAAAGAGUUAGUCAAUAGAUAUGUAUAUCAACUUCCAAAUCACUAGUGUUUCUAUGAUUCAAACUGUCAACACAAUAAAAUUGUAAUUCAUUGAUUCCGUCUGUGGUCAAGAUGUUAAACCUUUCCAGAACUGGAAAUGUCCCAAGAACUCUGUAAUGGCCAAUUAAAUUGUGAGUCUCUUUUGUCUUCCUACCUGAUGUAUACUCGAUCGCUAAAACACAUAUUUCCUUGACAAAAAUAAUAACAGUGAAUUUACACCAAUAAAUGUUCAUGGGUUAAAGUCUGCACUGACAUUUCUCAUUAGUCACCGGUAUGUAAGUAAUUGAUAACUACAACUAGGUGGACUGCCCCUGGGACUUCUAUUUCACCACAGCCAGAAUCGUCAUGUGAGGAGGCACUGAACCUCUACACAAGCUGAAGGUCUCCGUAUCUAGAGCUUACUUUCAAAAGUAACUUGUUUUUAAAAAUGUGAAUUAUUGUAAAAUAAUCUAUUUUUUGACUCAUGUGUUUUUCAGGUGGAUAUAGUUUGUAAACAAUGUGAAUAAAAUAUUUAACAUGUU